AGUGGCACCUCACCGGCUGCGGGCACACGUCACACAUUGCUGGUUGGCCUGACUGUAGCAGCAAGCCAGACUUUACUUUUAUCAGACAUGCAACGCCAUGGAUGAGCUCAUUCCUGUCACCGUAGCACGGUGUUUUGAUGACAGAGGCCGAGGAGGAACUCACAGGCUUGCAACACUGGGUGCUCAAGACCUACCUAAACACUGCUGGUUGUUGUGACUGGACUUGAAUACCCCCUUGUGCCGAGAUUUCACACAGCAAUGAAGAAGUACAAGCCCACUGAUGCCACCACCAACCCAUCCCUCAUCCUGCAAGCUGCCAACAUGCCACAGUACGCCUCCCUCAUCACCGACGCUGUGGAAUAUGGCAAGAAGAAAGGAAGUACCAGUGGUGAGCAAGUGUCUCGGGCUAUGGACAGAUUGUUUGUUCUCUUUGGCUGUGAGAUUCUUAAGAUUGUUCCUGGGCGAGUAAGCAUUGAGGUUGAUGCUCGCCUCAGCUUUGACAAGGAGGCCAGUAUCAAUAAAGCUCGCAAGUUUGUCUCUAUGUUUGCUGCUGAGGGUUAUGACAAGGAACGCAUCCUCAUUAAGCUGGCAUCUACAUGGGAAGGAAUCCAGGCAGCAAAGGAACUGGAGGAGGAGCAUGGCAUCCACUGCAACCUGACGCUGCUGUUCGGCUUUGCCCAGGCUGUGGCGUGUGCCGAGGCUGGAGUCACCCUCAUCUCUCCCUUCGUUGGUCGCAUCUUGGACUGGUAUGUGGCAAACACUGAUCAGAAAACCUUUGAACCUGAAGAUGAUCCUGGUGUGAAGAGUGUUACUAAGAUCUACAACUACUAUAAGAAGUUUGGUUACAAGACUGUUGUUAUGGGAGCCUCCUUCAGGAAUGCUGGUGAAAUCCGAGCACUUGCAGGCUGCGAUCUCCUAACCAUUGGACCAAAGUUCCUAGAAGAGCUACAAAAUACCACUGAGCCUGUGGUACAGCAUCUUUCAGAGGCCAGUGCCAAGAAGCAUGACCUGGAGAAGGUAGAAAUGACAGAAGCAAAUUUCCGCUGGGAACUGAAUGAGGAUCAGAUGGCAACAGACAAGCUGUCUGAAGGAAUCCGCAAGUUUGCUGUAGAUGCAGUGAAGCUUGAAAAGAUGCUAUUGGAGAAGAUGAAGUAAAGACCACAAACGCCUGUGUUCCUUGGGACUUACUGGGUGAUUGUAGUUUUUUGCUUACUUCAAGGAAUUAUUGUGAUAAAAGAUUGCACACAUCCAAUUAAUAAUGCUAAGCACUGGAAUCAAAGGAUUGCAUGAAUGUUUAGCACACAUGGAAGCAUGUGGAGAGCUUCCCUGAAUCACAGCUAUAGUGCAACCGAUUGACAUUCCUCAACAAUUGGUUGGUAUGUUAUCAUUGCAGUUUUUUAUAUUGCUAGUAUGACUGGUGGUGGUGCCUGUAAUGACGCAUGUGUGCAAUGCCUUGUGUGUUAACAAACUGCAGGUCCAUAGAAUAAGCUAGAUUUUGUUGAAUUGUCAGAGUUUUAUAUAUAAUUUUCUAGAUUAUACGAAUUACUGUUGAAAUAAUAAGAAAAUAUUUUUAAGAAAAUUAACUCAUUUACUCAGUCACAGCCUGUCAGAAACCUGAACUUGUAUAAGUAAUAUGAGAAGUAGCUAAAUUAAAUGUUAUCCAAAAGUGA